ACGAGUUACGAACUAAGUUUCGUUUGUCAGUCGGUCAGCCGGUUCGUGGUAGUCAAAACGUAUUCAUUUCAACAGUGUAAAUAACACUUCGCUUAUAAGAGUUACUUUAGACACUAGUAUUGAGUAUAAUCUUAUCCAACAUCGUCAUUGAGUGAUAAGUUAUCGUGCGCUCUGACGCUAUGAUAGCCACAUUUAAAGUGCCUUCAAGUUAUGCGACUGUUCGGUGAUUAAUUUUACAAUAGGAAGGCAAGUGUUAUGUUGAGUUCUCGUUAACAAUAUUAUAAUUGAGUUGAAUUGAGUGACAUUUACCGUGAUGUCGUUAUUUAAGAAGAAACCUCCAAAAUAUACCGCGCCACCGGUUCCUCCCCCUCCAGAAGAGGUUCCUAACCAUCAAUCUAACGGAGUGGAUAACAACAACGGAACUCAAAAGUCGCAACUUGUGUUCCACUGCCAACAGGCACACGGAAGUCCCCUUGGACUAAUUUCUGGAUUUUCCAACGUAAAAGAGCUCUAUCAAAAGAUUGCUGAAUGCUAUGACUUUCCUCCUGAAGACAUAUUGUUUUGUACCCUGAACACACACAAGGUGGAUAUGAAGAAAUUGCUAGGGGGACAAAUAGGAUUGGAGGAUUUCAUUUUCGCGCACAGGAAGGGCCGGCCGAAGGAAAUCGAAAUAGUCAAAACCGAAGACGCACUCGGCUUGACGAUAACAGACAACGGCGCAGGAUAUUCAUUCAUAAAGAGAAUAAAAGAAGGAUCAAUUGUAUCCAGAAUACCGCAUAUAGAUGUUGGAGAUCAUAUUGAACGGCUGAACGAUGAGAAUAUGGUCGGACGGCGUCAUUAUGAGGUCGCCAAACUACUAAAAGAAAUACCAAAAGGGACCACUUUCACUAUAAGAUUAAUAGAACCACUGAAGUCAGGUUUCGGAAGUAUCGGACCCAAAACCAGCAGUGCGAGGUCGGGAAAGAAACAAAGUUAUGGUUCGGGUAAAGAAACACUCAGGUUCAAGGCCAAUGGACAAGCUACAAUAGAAAAUGAGCCUGAUGACAAGUCAAAAGCUGGUGUAGAUAAAAUAAACGGUCUACUUGAAACAUUUAUGGGAAUAAAUGACACUGAACUGGCAACGCAGAUGUGGGACCUAGCAGAGGGGAAGACAAAUUCCAUGCAACUCGCAGAUGCCAUAGACAACAGCGAUUUACAAGAGUUUGGUUUCACUGAUGAAUUCAUUAUUGAAUUGUGGGGUGUCAUUACAGAUGCUAGAUCUGGGAGACUCAGUUAAAGAUAUUUUUUAUCUUGUAUAAAUUUUUUAAAUUAUUGUAGUUGUAUUAACCCAACCAUAUAUUUCUAUUUGCCUAGAAAUUGUUAUUGCAGUGGUUUUUUACAUGCUUUUUUUUUUAAAUAACAAGGGCUUGAAUUAUUUCAGUUGUAAAACAUUUAAAAAAACUCACUUCAAUAACCUUUACAUCAAGUAGCCGGAACAUUAGUAUGUUUUUUAUAUCUAAACUGAAAAUACAAAAAUUUAUUUAA